CCCCCCGGCCGCUCCAAUGGGACACGGGACCCCCCCCGUCCCCCCGAGGUCGCGACCCUCGAGUCCUUCCCUCGUCCCUCCGCUCCCAACAUCCCCCUGGAUGGCCGCUGGCUGUUCCCUGAUGCUGCCGGACAAUCCAGGAUUUCCUGGGCAAAUCCUGGGAGCAGCCGCUGUCCCACCCCCCCCACAUUCCGCGUCACCCCCGGCUCCGAACCCCUCCGGCACCGCGAUGGCUCCGCGCUUCCUCCUCUGGAGCGGGAAUCCAAGCGGGAAUUCCGGCUGGGUCCCAAGAGAUGCUGGGAAGAGUGGGAUGGGGUGCGGUGGCACCCGCGGUGCCCUCCCCCCGGGAUUGGGGACACCUGAUCCCGACCCGCUCCACUCCAAGGAUGAGUUUGGCCAUUCCCAGCUCCCCAAAAUCCCCGUCCUGGGAGCUGCGCCGUUAUCCCGCUGUUCCCGCAUCCCAUCCGGGAUCCAAACCCGCCCGAGCAGCGACUCCCGGCCGCUCUCCACCAACAUUUCGGGGGCUGCCCCCAGGGUCAGGAUUUGGGGGGAGCUGCUCCAGGAUCCUGUCCCUUUCCCAGCCAGCUCCCUGCUCCGGAGCAUCCUGAGGUUCCCAACUGGUUCUGGGAAGUUCCCGGGCAUCCCGGUUGCUUUUCUGGGCACCUGGAUGAGCCCGGGAGCCCCAAAAUCUCCGGAGGCUCGCGGAUUUCUGGGAAGAGCCGCGGUUGGGGUUUUCCCAGCGGGAGCUGCCCUGGAGCGGUGGCCACGCUCCGCUCGGCAUUUUUUUAGGAUUCCAUAUUUAUUUAUUUCUUAUUCCACGUUUGCGGCCGAUCCCCGGCAGAUCCAAGGGCAGAUCCACAAAGGAAAGUGGGGGUUUUUUUUUUAUUUAUCAGCUGACCGGGCUGGGAAUGUAAAAACAGGAAAACGGCUGAGCUCAUCCCAGCUCAUCCCAGCUCAUCCCAGUCCCCUCCCUGUCCCCAGCGGGCGUCCGGCCCUGAGCGGCACCGGGAGCCCCCCCAUAUCCUGGAGCCCCCCCACAUCCUGGAGCCCCCCGACAUCACCCUGAGGCCCUG